AUGAAUCGUGUUUUGAUCAAGUUCGAUGAUUGGAGAAUGGUUUUUGAAAGUCGAUGUGCAAACAGAGCUGCUUUCCUGAUAGCACAUAGUGUUACGCUUCAGAACAGGUGGCAAUCUUACAUUGCACAAGGUGCUCCCUCUUGGUUAGUUGAGCAGUUUGAGAAUGAAAGGAAAGCUUCGGUUUGCUUACUUUCGACUUUGAUCAGAUAA